AUGGCUGAUAAGAUUCCUGUGACCGUGCGUACGCGCAAAUUUCUUCGUAACAGCUUAUUAGCUCGUCGUCAAAUGGUUGUAGAAGUAAUUCAUCCAGGUCGUCCUAAUGUACCAAAAGCUGAGCUUCAAGAGAAACUUGCUAAGAUGUACAAGGUGAAGGAUCCAAACACGGUGUUUCUGUACGGUUUCCGUACGCAGUUUGGUGGUGGCAAGAGUUCAGGCUUUGGUCUAGUGGGUCUUGUGGAGAAGGUUGAGACGUCGCGCAAGCAGAUUAAGGAGGCUAAGAACCGUGCCAAGAAAGUCCGUGGUGUUGGCCGUCGUAUCGCUCGCCACAAGGCUGCCAAGGCCAACAAGUAG